CCAUCAUGUCCCGCCAGCCACUCAUCGGCGAUGAACCUGGAGUCAACAUUCGCCUCUCUGGCUCGGGCGAGAACCUCAUUCUUCGCCCAUACAACUACGGCCGAGGCGUAGAUGCGAACUCCUUUCGUGCUCUCCCUCCCGAUCGCUUCGUGACGGCGGUCCCUCGCAUACAUCACAAGAAGGUGCCAUUCGAGAGAUACAGCACCUGGUGCACGGACUGGUGCACACCUUCCGCACUUGUCUUCUAUGCAGAAACAUUCCCAUCCGACCGGUCUGCCAUGCGCCUCCGCUUCGCGAUCAAGGUUGCCCUCCAGACCCAUAUCAACAACAGCUGGGGCAGUAGACAUCUCGGGAGCCUGCUUUACGAAGCCAUGUUUUACAAAGAGCAUCUCAACGAGCUGCAAGGACGCGCGGUGCCGAAGCACUACGGGAUCUGGGUCGGUAAGACAUCGUGGGGUGGGACUAUUGUGUGCGCGAUCCUGGAGUGGGCGGGGCUACCAUACAGCAUUGACGAAUUUGACAAGAACCUCGAACGGAAGGAUAGACGAGUGAAGGUGAUGGCGGUGUUGACGGCACUGCACAGGGCCGGGUUCCAGCACAACGCCGUGGGCGAGAGCAGUGGGCACAUCCUGUUCGACGAAUCUCGCGAGAAGGCCUUCGUUGUCGACUUCAAACACGCUCAAGAACAUCACUGCCGCCUGAACAUGAAGUUGAAGCCCUACCGCACUCCACCCGCGCCACACAUCCUCGGUUGCGAGGAGCUAUAUGAGCUCGGGCGCACCAUACAAUUCUUCGGCAUUGGUCCCUCGUUUGGGCCGGGAGCGGAUCCCGAGGUCCAGAGGGCGAAUCAGGAUGCGUACUACAAGCAGAAGCAGCUGCAGGAGGCUCGAGCACGCUUAGACGCGUACCUUGAGCAGCAUGGUAGAUCUGUCCCCGGGGUUCCUCCUAAGCGACGCUCUCAGGCCAUCGAGGUGAAUACUGCUCAUGUACGUGGGUGAGCGUAGGAAGCUUGACCUAUAUUUCUUUUCGACUGUUACCAUAUACCCUCUGAGCCAGCGCCGCGAGGGCGGGAGUGCCGC